AUGACCACCGUGACCGACCCCCCGCAAAAAGUCUGGGCCUCCCUAAUCACCAACCUGCACUACCUGCCCGGCCUCCUCACCCUCGCGCACUCCCUCCACCAAACCAACACAGCCUACCCCUUCCUGGCCCUAUACACGACCUCCCUCCCAGAAGAAGGCAUCGCCGCCCUCCGCGCCCGCGGCAUCCCCAGCCGCCUAGUCCCCACCAUCACCCCGGCCGGGACCUGCACGCACGAGCACGACCCGCGCUUCGCCGAAGCGUGGAAGAAGCUCAUCGUGUUUUCGUUAGAAGACUACGCCCGCAUCGUCCUGCUGGACAGUGACAUGCUCGUGCGCCAGAACAUGGACGAGCUGAUGGAGCUCCCCCUCGACGGAGAGACGCAGAUCCUCGCUGCCAGCCACGCGUGCGCCUGCAACCCGCUGAAAAAGCCGCAUUAUCCGAGUGAUUGCUCCCCCUACCCAUCGUAUCAAUUCGAUCGCAGCAACCAUCCGAUCCCGAUCCCAGCAACACUAACAAGAAAUGUGGGCAGGACCCCGCAAAACUGCGCCUACACAGCCCAACGCCCCUUCCCGGACACCGCCCAAACGACGGGUCCCGACGCCACCGCGGGCGUGGCGAUGCUCAACAGCGGGCUACUGGUCGUGCAACCCCGGCAAACGGACUUCGUGGCCGUGCAGACGGCGCUCCGGGACACGAACCGCGUAAAAGGGUAUGCGCUGGCGGACCAGGAGCUGCUGUCGAACGUGUUCCGGGGCCGGUGGCGGCCGCUGCCGUAUGUGUAUAAUGCGCUGAAGCCGAUGCGCGGGGUGGAGGGGACGCAUGCGGACCUUUGGCGCGAUGGGGCGGUCAAGAAUGUGCAUUUUAUCUUUGCGGUGAAGCCGUGGCAGAUGGACCGGGAACGUGAGGAAGGGGAUGAGUUGGUGCGGUGGUGGUGGGCGGUGGAUGAUGAGCGGAGGCGGGGGGAGAGAGCCCGAGGGGUGGUGGAUGGGUAUUAG